AUGAACCUCCCAACCAAAGACACUCCGCAUCUACUUAUCAGCUUCCUGCUCACUGCCACCAUCAGCAACAUCAUCAAACCCAGCGGACGGCAAACCUUCAUUGAAGAUGUCAAACACAAUAUCCUGUCAUUCUCCCCGUUUCGAUCUCUGAGAAUGGUCUCGAGUUUCGUCAUUUAUUUGCUCCACUUGCGACUCUUGAACAUCGCCGAGAUAAAAACCGGCUUAAAACUUGUCUCUCACGUCGAAUUUUCAUCAGACUCGUCUGACCUUCGACGCGGGGUCUGGCCGCGUUUUGCGCGACGCGUUUUCCUCAUUGGGGUAACACUGUCACUAUACGCGAUACUGCUAGCGUCGAGCAGUUAUCAAUGGCUCCAUGUCGUCAUGGCAUUGUUCGUCGCUGAACCUGUGCUGGCCGAAUUAUUAUGGCUCUACAGAGACUCUUCACAUGAUGGUUUUCUCGUUCAGAGAGGCUGGCCUCGCUGUACUAUGCUUGUUUCCGCAGCUGAUUAUCGCGUCCAUGACCAUGCCGAUAACCCAGCGAAAGAGAAUGUGACUGGGCAAGACAAAGACAAUAGAGACCUUGCACAGCCUUCUCUUCUGAAAGAUAAUCUCUGCGACCGCAUACAGCAGCUCUGGUCCAAAAACUCCGAUCCAGAUAUUCAUUUUGUCGCGUCUUCCUUGAAUCCAGAGCUUGAUUCGAAGCUCGAAAGGAUUCUCUCCCUGAAUAUCCGUCCAGCCAAGUGGACGUGUGGGCACUGGCGCUGUCUUGUCUACAUUAUAUCCCGUAUCGCGCUGCGUAUCAUGUCGCUCGCUUGGUACAUCGAGCAAGCGUUGAUCACCCGGCUACUUCACACCGACAUACACCCAGUGAUGCUCCAACUUUCUCAGAAGAUCCUGAAGGACAAUGUACUUGGAGGUCUUCUCACAUAUGCAUACCAAAUAUCUUGCGUGUUAACUCCAAUCUUCUCGGCCCAUUUUUUCUCCAGGUUGCUAUUUAUCCUGCUGUAUAAACAACAACGGAUCAGACAAGCUUCCCAAGACUUUGCCAGAUUUGCUCCGAUCACCUAUAAAGGAAUGCAAGUGUUCGGGCAACUCUUCAUGCCGAACAUUCUGGGCUUUGUCUUGGCUCGAACUAUUUCCUCCCAGUGUAUAUUGCUGACAGGGGAAAAGCUCUCAUAUGCCCUUGAGAUCCCGCUGAUUAUUAUCAUUUACAUCACGGGGUAUCGGCUUCUCUUUAGUGUGCCUCACACUUCUACAAAACGUGAGCCCUGCUAUGAUUCUAUAUCCUCGCUGGAGCCGAAUUCAGCUUCCAAGAGCGAGACCCAAGGGAUCGCAAAUUCGGCAGCUUCGGUGUCACCUCAGACGAGUUUUGAUGACAAGAUGAAAGCUCCCCCAGGUGGAUCUGAGUAUCCUCGUGUUGCUGCCAGCUCUUGCUUUCAGAUAUUCCGAUUAGCGAUUUCGGUUCCGACUGUGGCUUUUUGGAUUUUUAAUCAUUGUUAG